AUGAACAAAAGUAAUAUUGAAUUCAGUGAAGGAUCUUCGCGAAAGGUGAAGAAAAGUCAACCUUGUCAUCCAGUUUGGCAAUAUCUCUCGUGGAAUGCAGACAAGACCUUCAUCUUCUGCAACCUGUGUCUGCAGCGAUACAGUUCCAAGACGAGAGUCAGCACACUUAAGGGACAUUUUGUGACAAAUCAUCGAGAAACGUGGGAAGGAAUUAGGCAACAAACCAUGCUCCCGAUUAAUUCACUCGAAUGUGAUAAGAUGGAUGCAGAGAAAGCUGCAAAAUUAGAUUAUUUUCUUCUUCGAUGGAUAGUGUGUGAUCAACAACCAUUUUCAAUUGUUGAAGAAAAAGAAUUUUACGACUUAAUUUCAACAUUAAAUUCCCAAUAUAAGUUGUUAAGUCAUCAAAUGGUUUCUGUGAAAAUACAAGAAAUGUAUGAGAAGCAACGCAAAGUUCUUAAGGCAUACCUCAGUAAUCUUGACAGUAAAGUGGCUAUUACUACAGAUAUCUGGAAUAUAUACACGGAUGACAGUAAAGUAGCUUUUUCUACAGAUAUCUGGACUACAUACACGUACAUGUCUGUGAUGCUCCACUGGAUCGAUUGCGAAUGGAAAAUGAAUCAUAUUCUUAUUGACUUGAUACCGUUUUUGGGGGAUAUCGAAUUGGUGGAUACGAUUUAUACUACGAUUAAUGAAUUUAAUCUUGGUGAAAAGAUCAUAUCGAUUACCACUGAUGACACCCCUAACAUGGAUGUAUUUGAACAAGAGCUCACAAAGAUGCUAUAUAAUAAUCACGACAACACAUUAUUUCGUCAUAUCAGAUGUCCAACACAUACCUUAAACCUGAUGGCCAAAAAUGGUCUUGCAGAAGCUGAAAGAAUAGUCACAAAAGUUCGAGAAUUCGCCAUCACCAUACAUUCAUCUCAAACUAUAUUCGAGAAGUUGAAGAAUGUUUUCGAAAUGAAAGGGAUGCUUGUCUCAUUACUUAGCCCGAUUCAUCAUGCAAUCAAUUUUCUUUCUACCGCAAGUUACCCUACGUUUGGAGAUCUCCACAUGGUAUUCCUUGUUAUCAUAAAUGUGCUACACGAGGCUUUACACGAGGAACAUGAUACUUUGCGAAAAAGAGUUGCCGAUAAGAUGAACGAAAAAUUAAGUAAAUAUUGGAAUGGAUUGAAAUCAACUUUUCGUGAGGCCGUGAUUCUUGAUCCAAAUAGUAAACUGUCAUCAUUUAAUCCGGAUACGGAUAAGCGUGAUGCACAAGAUAUAGUUUAUGAAACAUUUAAGAUGAAUUAUGCGACCAAGAGUAAUGAACCAUCCCCUGGAUCAGAGUCUCUGCGUGCCUUCUUUCGUAAUCAGCUUAAAAGAAAGCAUGGAAUGUUUAUGGAAAACAACGAUACUCUUGAGGAAUAUCUUUGUUUACCUGUUGAAGAUGUGGAUGUUCUUUCGUACUGGAAAAUCAAGUCCGCGGAUUCUCGGUGGGCUCCUGUUGCCUGUAUGGCACGUGAUUACCUUGCAGCUCAGGCAAUAAGUGUGCCAAGCGACCGGAUAUUCUGUACCACAAAAUUCUCAAUCAAUACAAUGAAGGAUUGUUUAUAUUUAGAGAAUGCUCGUGCCGCUCUCUGCCUCAAGACUUGGAUUGAGAUGGGGUGUGUAGAGGAAGAAUAUUUGUAUGAAAAGGAUAAUGAACAACGAAAACACCAUCGUUCAUAA